AGUACUAGCUACAGUAGCUUUUGCUUUUCUUCUGCUGCCAAUGUGUCAGUAUUUAUUGAGGCCCUGCUCUUCAGGAACAAAAAUUUCAUUUGGGUGCUGUGGGAGAUUCACUUCAGCGGAAAUCAUGUCGUUCUGUCUCUCUGUAAUGCUUGUAUUCCUGUGGGUAAUGACAGGUCAUUGGUUACUAAUGGAUGCUCUUGCAAUGGGUCUAUGUGUUACUAUGAUAGCUUUUGUUCGUUUGCCGAGUCUCAAAGUCUCAACAUUACUCCUGACCGGACUGCUCAUCUAUGAUGUGUUUUGGGUCUUCUUCUCUACGUAUAUAUUUAAUGCUAACGUCAUGGUGAAGGUAGCAACCAGGCCUGCAGAUAAUCCUGUUGGUAUCAUGGCUAAAAAAUUCAAUAUUCCUGGAGUUGCUCGUGAUGCACCUCAGCUCUCUCUCCCUGGGAAACUCAUAUUCCCAAGCAUGCACAACUCAGGUCACUUCUCGAUGCUUGGUCUGGGUGAUAUUGUCAUGCCUGGUCUUCUACUAUGUUUCGUCAUGCGUUAUGAUAAUUACAAAAGGCAACAGACUGAUACCGUUGCACCUGCUCCUAUCUUACCACCAAACGGCAUAACUCAAAAACUUACAUACUUUCAUUGUUCUCUCGUCGGUUACUUUGUAGGAUUAUUAACAGCAACGAUAUCAUCAGAGGUCUACAAGAACGCCCAGCCAGCAUUGUUAUAUCUUGUUCCAUUCACGCUACUCCCAUUGCUUAUAAUGGCUUAUCUUAAGGGUGAUCUUCGUCGCAUGUGGCAUGAGCCAUUUAUCAAGAGCACACAGAACAAGUACAUGGAGGUAUGACAGGAGAGUAACAAACUGCACGUUGUGUAAAUGAACUCAGAUGGGAAAUGAGUGCGCAUGGAAAGUGAAUACGGAUUGAUGGAAGAUUCCAUCUUGGAUUCAGAAGAAAUGUUUGCUGGAGUAAAGUGAAAUGUUGAAAUGGACAGAGCGUGAAGAUGCACUUGUCAAUGUCGCUGGUCAUCGCUAGUCUUUGAUCAAGAAUGUAUCUCUGUAUAUUAGUAAGAUCAGAGAUCGGACGAUGAUGCCAUAUCUAAAUAUUCUUUAGUUUCACGUUAACAAGAACCAUCGCUUCGCUUCUUGCUUUUGUCUAAAAAACUUGACUCAGUAGCCACACUUCAGGGAAUGUCUGGAUCUGUUGCAAUUGGUUGGAUGUAGUUUUAGAGUCUUCUGUCCGAGAAAUAUUGAAAAAGGGCAGGGAAAAUGAAAGUGGUCGGUUUGAAUGCUUCAAGUGAGAAAAACAUUACAAUUGAAAGUUCGUGGACAGUGAGAAACAUUGUUAUUAAUGUUUGAUGUAGAUGCAGUGACGGGUACGACCAUGGUUUGCUUAACUGAAAUAAUAUGAAUUUAAUAGAAUGCGUUUGAAAAGACUUUAUGAAAGAGUGAUGGAUCAUUGUUGGGAAGAGGAUCAUGGGAAGGAGAAUCAUGACUAGCCGCAACCAGUGAUGUCAUCAUCUAUCAAUGUAUAUGCAAGAUAACGUAGAAUGAUUUUGAUUGGUGUAUGCUAAGCUUUGAUUAGCUCAUGGUAUUGGUAAAAACUUUAAUUGGGUGCCUGUGUAUUCAAGGGUCAAACUAUGUACAUUGGUAGAGAGGUUUAUGGGCGGUUAGCGAGAAUACUAAUCAUACUGGAUUAUAAAUACAAAGAGCUUUUGAAAUAUAUGUACGAAAUUAUGUUGGUGUUCCUUAUGUGAGCACCAUAUGAUGUAUAAUCAUUGUGGCAUAUAAAAGUUACUGUAUGACAAUCUGGUAGCUUCAGCUUCAAUAACAGUAUCAUUCAUAAAUGAGGUUCAAAUCCUGGAUAGUAUCAACUUAUGUAAGUGUACUAAAAUGAGUGUUAAUAAGAGCAUUAUGCUCAUAUGUGUGUGCUGAAAUCAAGCCAAUAAUUGGACCAUAACAUGUUAAUGAGUGCUCUUGGAAAAGACUUAGUAUUAUUUGAAUUAACUACGUUUUAAUCCUAUUUAUGAAUUCAAGCUCUCGAUCGUAGAUGUCACUUUAUGUAAAAUGAUUUUGUAAAAGUUUUGAUCAAACUGUUUUCAAAUUCUGUCAUCCUGAAUUUACUUUUCAUUCUCUGAUUACGAGAAAUUUCAAAUUCUCUUUCUCUCUUUGGAUAAAAAUAAAAAGUUGAAUUUUUACCAAAAGAUCAAGCUACAGUUUGAUUCACAAGGGAAUUAAAAGGUAGUGAGACAAAAGUAAUAUUGACUUUUCUCACCCUUAUCAUCAUGACACCAAAGCAUAAAAUCUACCAGUGAGAAUAGGUUUGAUUGAUAGAUAGAAUGCAUUAGUGUAUCAGCAAUCAAAAUCAAGCUUUACAUAUUUUCUUCCUAUACUAUUGUUCCUUUCAAAUAUUAUUACCAACUCAUGAUUGUGCUUAUGUGUGUUUGUCAAUUGUGGUUAUGUAAUUAACUGGUCCAAAGGUAGUAGAAUUUGCUUAGAAAAGAUGACAAAGUCUAUUAACCCACUAUCUUCACAUCAUUAAUUAAUUCCAAAGAAUCAAUCAUUACUGUCAUCAAAGUUUUUAACAUGAGUACUUUCUUCUUACAUACCUGUAUGCUAUGAAAAAAAAACAAUGAUCGGUUUUUGUCUCACCUGCAUAGCAGAGUGAGACUAAAGGUGCCGCUUUUCCGACGGCGGUGGCGUCAACACCAAAUCUUAACCGAAGGUUAAGUUUUUGAAAUGACAGCAUAACUUAGAAAGUAUAUUGUCCUAGUUCAUGAAACUUGGCCAUAAGCUUAAUCAAGUAUUACUGGACAUCCUGCCUGAGUUUCAGGUCACAUGACCAAGACGAAAGGUCAUUUAGGGUCAAUGAACUUAGACCAUGUUGGGGGAAUCAACAUCAAAAUCUUAACCUAAGGUUAAGUUUUUGAAAUUACAGCAUAACUUAGAAAAUAUAUGGACCUAGUUCAUGAAACUUGGACAUAAGGUUAAUCAAGUAUCACUGAACAUCCUGCAUGAGUUUCACGUCACAUGAAUAAGGUCAAAGGUCAUUUAGGGUCAAUGAACUUUGGCCGAAUUGGGGGUAUCUGUUGAAUUAACAUCAUAGCUUUGAAAGUUUAUAGAUCUGAUUCAUGAAACUUGGACAUAAUAGUAAUCAAGUAUCACUGAACAUCCUGUGCAAGUUUCAGGUCACAUGAUUAAGGUCAAAGGUCAUUUAGGGUCAAUGAACUUUGGCCAAAUUGGGGGUAUUUGUUGAAUUACCAUCAUAACUUUGAAAGUAUAUUGGUUUAGUUCAUAAAACUUGGACAUAAGAGUAAUCAAGUAUCACUGAACAUCCUAUGCGCAUUUCAGGUCACAUGACCAAGGUCAAAGGUCAAUGAACUUUGGCCGAAUUUAGGACUGACCGAGGAUUGACCAGAGGGAGCGCACUUUUCCACAAAACUUGACAAGAAAAAAGAUGUUAUCACCACUCACUGGCUAUAUUUUCUCAUUAAUAUAAUAUGACAAGCAAAAAGAGAAGAAAGGAACGUCUGUGGGGGGGUGCACGAAGGCCCACUGCUCUUCCCCCCCCCCCUCUCUUUCCCCCUCUCUCUCUUUCUCCUCCUUUCUCAACUUCCCUCAUUUUGGACAUAUGAAUGAUAUGUUAUUGUCAUUUGUUUUAUUGGACGGACACGUUAUUGCCAUCUAUUAUUUAUUUGUAUUAUUAGAUUAAAAUGUUUAGAAUAUGAAUGUUUUAAGAACAGAGCAAGACUUGAAGCAUUUACAUUUUUUAUUUUAUUUUCUCCAAUUGGUUUAUGGCCUUUUCUCAUAGUUUUACAGAUCUUGGAAUCUUGUUAAGAUUUGAGAGCAUUGGGUGAUUUCAAGUACGGUGUUGAAAUCUGGUGUUGGUGUUGUGACAACACCAACACCAGCCACAACACCGUACUUGAAAUCAGGCUGGUGUUGGGAUUGACCUCGGAAAAUAUGACGUAUUUCCGGCAGUUCGUGUUGAAUGCUGGUGUUGAAUGUCGUCUGCUGAACCCAGCACUGCGGCUGGUGUUGACGAUCUACGUGCAAUAUCCCCAUUCACCAACACCAACCCCCCGGGGGGGCCACUUCCAUUGACGAGUGGAUACCAUGCGCGACCAUGGGGUCUCAAAAAGCACCCUAAACACGUAUUUUCCAUAUUCUGAAAAUGCACCCUUUAACACUUAUUGGCGUGUGAAACCCUACCCUUAACAAGUAUUGGAAACAAAACAAUACUCUUGGCAAGUAUUCGAAAUGAACCCCUAAACAAGUACAGGAAUAUUUUGUCACGGGUCCUUCGGUCGUUGGUUUUACACAUCAUUUGCUUUAGUACGACCCCACCUUCCACACCUCGUGCAAAUCGGACUCUAAACAAAAAGUGUUGGGGCAAAAAGGACAUCCUUUAUAAAACAUUUUAAAUUUGUUUUAUCAUCCCCGCAAAUUUGACCCUAAACACGUAACUUUCCUAGCGAAAUAGAUAUCCCUUUUCAUUAUUUUUGUGUUUUUGACACCCUUAUCACGUUACGUACGUAACGUGCCCUAUCUUGAAAAAGACAUCCUUUUUACGUGUUUUUUUUUUGGUCGCGCAUGGUAUCCACUCGUCAAUGUAAGUGGCCCCCCGGGACCAACCCCCAGGGAUUGGGAAAAUCAUGAUUUCAAGUUCGGUGUUGGUGUUGGCAAUCUCAAGCUCGUGAACAGGCGGCGAACACGAUGAAACAUCCCCGUAAAAUUAGCUUUUACAGUUAAGAUGAGUACAAAUCAUUUGAGCUGUAUAUAUUUUGAUGAAGAAUAAUGUUCACUCUUUCGAAUUCUUGAAUUAAUUAAAACAUUGGUAUUCUGUACGAUGAGAAUUUAAUGCAUUUCUCUCCGAUUUCAUUUUCGUCGUCGAGACUUCUCGCGUGAACUUGAGAUGAUUUAGCAGCGCAGCGCAGAGGCGUGACGUCAUGUGCUAUCGAUAACGCAAUCGGUAUGAUCGUAUCAUUCCUCUGAACCCAGCUCGGUGUUGGAGCUCGGUUCAGCGGCCUUUUUACGCUCUCAACACCAACACCGAACUUGAAAUCACCCAUUGUAUCUUACCAUUGAACGGCUAGUAAGGGGUUUCUCUUUUUCUAAACACUUUACCAAAAUGUGUAUUUCCUCUGCUUUUAUCAUAUAUUCACCAUUAAAUCAUUAGACUUAUUUCCCUAAAAAUACAUUAUUUUACUUUGAUUUGUUAGAUUAUGUUCUCUGUAAACUUCUAAUUCAAAGUUCAGUUGCAUCGGGACUGCUCAAAAAAGAGUUGUGAUUGAACCAACCAAUAUUUUAAAUAUACAAAAAGCCAUUGAUGUCAUAAUUCUUCCUGUAUAUGCACUGUCUGUAUGUAAACAAAGAAGAGAAUGGUUAUUGAUUUUUAAAAAUGGCACAGUACAGGGUGUUACAUUUAGACUUUCAAAGAACCUAUGUAUUCCAAGUUAGGAUUGAAUUAAUCAUAACUGCUUGUAAUACAGGGUCUAGUAAGAGAAAAACACUCAUGUAAUAUUUCAUACAAGAUUAUCCUAACAUUGCUCAUCAUUCUCUUCUAAUGUUUUCUUAAUGCUUAUGGGUUUCAUUUCUUUUCAGAUUUUGAUCAAGGUAAUGCCUACCAAGCCUUGAAGAAAUGUAACAGAGAUGUUUAUCAAUCAUAAAUUACACUGCAACAUGUUGAUUAUACAUGAACAGUUGUAAUUGAUUCAAUAUGAUUGUGACUUUCUAUCAAUGGCUGCUCUACAAUAGAGUUUGCAAGCUUGAGAUAGAAAUUAAGGGAUACCAUUCAUCUGGGAUUAAUCACAACUCCUUAAUAUAUGGAGAGUCAUGAACAAUCAUGUUGAUUUGAUUUAAUAUGGUGAUCCUUCAGGCUUCUCUAUCAAUCUGAUUUGAUUUAAUAUGGUGAUCUUCUAAUAAUGACCUUCAGGCUUCUCUAUCAAUCUGAUUUGAUUUAAUAUGGUGAUCCUUCAGGCUUCUCUAUCAAUCUGAUUUGAUUUAAUAUGGUGAUCCUUCAGGCUUCUCUAUCAAUCUGAUUUGAUUUAAUAUGGUGAUCCUUCAGGCUUCUCUAUCAAUCUGAUUUGAUUUAAUAUGGUGAUCCUUCAGGCUUCUCUAUCAAUCUGAUUUGAUUUAAUAUGGUGAUCUUCUAAUCAUGUUGGUGGUAAAUAGUAUAGCACUAAAUGUUGCACUAGUGUGAAUCUCAAGUAGUCUUUAUCUUGUAGUUUUUGUACUGUAUAAAAUAUUUAAAGAAAAAUGAUGGUAUAUAAAUAAAUCCAAACUCAGCAGUAUUUGUGGAUGGAGAUCAUGUAAUCGAUGGGUAUAAAUAUUUUUUCUUUUAUGAUCAUUGUUGACAAAAUGUGGUUGUGUGCAGUUUAUAUGCCCAAACUUACAUACACCCAGUGAAAAUAAAAUGCUGAUCUUGAAAAUGUGUCACAAAAUAAAGAAAU